AUGAAGUUGUUCGCAUUUCUUGCGGCGCUUGUCGCUACGAGGCCAGCUUUUGCGCUGACACCAACAGAAUGGCGAGGUCAAUCUAUCUACUUUCUUCUUACUGAUAGAUUUGGCCGUGAAGAUAAUUCUACGACAGCAGCAUGCGAUGCUAGUGACAGAGUAUACUGCGGUGGAAGCUGGCGGGGAAUUAUCAAUCAUUUGGAUUAUAUACAGGGGAUGGGGUUUACCGCCAUCUGGAUUACCCCUGUCACCGAACAGCUGUCCAGUGACACUACCGAAGGAGAGGCUUAUCAUGGAUAUUGGCAGCAAAACAUAUACGAAGUAGAUGCCCAUUAUGGCACAUCAGCUGAUCUUCUAGCGCUGUCGGAUGCUCUCCAUGAACGAAAGAUGUAUUUGAUGGUAGACGUUGUAGCGAAUCAUAUGGGCUACGGCGGUGCAGGUGACACUGUAGACUACAGUGUUUUCACCCCUUUUGACUCGUCAACAUACUUCCAUUCCUACUGUGAAAUCAGUGACUAUUCUAAUCAGAGCAAUGUUGAAGAUUGUUGGCUCGGCGACACCGUUGUUUCACUGCCAGAUCUUAACACGGAGCUAACUUCAGUGCAGACCGUUUGGUACGACUGGGUUAAAGAUCUUGUCAGCAACUACUCUAUCGACGGACUACGAGUCGACACUGUGAAGCACGUCCAGGAGUCAUUCUGGCCUGGUUAUAAUUCCGCUGCGGGUGUCUACUGUAUCGGGGAGGUAUUCGAUGGGGAUCCAUCCUACACAUGCCCGUACCAGAAUUACAUUGACGGAGUGCUUAACUACCCAGUUUAUUAUAAUCUACUCUACGCAUUCGAGUCAUCGAGUGGCAGCAUUAGCGACUUGUACAGUAUAAUUAGUUCGAUUGCGUCAACUUGCUCUGACCCAAGCUUGCUUGGAAAUUUCAUUGAAAAUCAUGAUAACCCAAGAUUUGCCCAUUAUACAAAUGACUACUCCCAGGCCAAGAAUGUGAUAUCAUUCGUCUUUUUGUCUGAUGGAAUUCCAAUCAUCUAUGCAGGUCAGGAACAGCAUUACAACGGUGCUGGUGACCCUUACAACCGUGAAGCAACUUGGCUUUCAGAGUAUUCCACUACAGCAGAGCUUUAUGAGUAUAUUGCAACCACCAACAAGAUUCGCAAGCUGGCAAUAUCCACCGACUCUUCCUAUCUAGCAUCUCAGAACACACCUUUCUCUCAAGAUGAUCAUACCAUCGCGAUGAGUAAGGGAUCCAGUGGCUCGCAAGUGAUUACCGUGCUUUCAAAUGCCGGUGCCAGUGGUAGCUCGUACAGUUUGACUCUCAGUGGAAGCGGAUACUCCUCCGGGACCAAGUUGAUGGAACUACACACAUGUACCUCCGUGACAGUGGAUUCAAAUGGAGACAUCGCAGUGCCAAUGGCCUCAGGUCUACCCCGUGUAUUGAUGCCAGCCUCCUCUGUUUCUGGCAGUGAACUCUGUGGGACUUCUACUUCAGCAACUACCACCUCCUCGGCACCUGGAACCAGUUCUACUGGCACAUGUACCUCAGCUACAGAACUUCCAGUUCUGUUCAAAGAAUUGGUUUCAACAAGCUACGGUGAGAACAUUUAUCUCACGGGCUCAACAAGCGAAUUGGGUGACUGGAAUACUGGAUAUGCAGUCCCAUUAUCUGCUGAUAACUACACUUCUUCUAGCCCUCUGUGGUUUACUGUUGUGACGCUCCCAGUUGGAACUUCAAUUGAGUACAAAUUCAUCAAGAAGACUUCCUCUACUACCACGUGGGAGAGUGAUCCGAACAGGUCGUUUACUGUGCCAACGGGGUGUGCAGGUUCAACAGCAACAGCCACAGCGACUUGGAGAUAA